AUGAGCGCGAACAUAUAUAGAAGAAACUCCUUUGCUGAACUGCCACAGGGGGAAUAUAAAGCAGAUCGCCAGCAACUCCCACUUACAACCCCACUAAGCCACGUAGAUCACUCCACGGAUCACUUCACCAAGUGCACCCCAACACGUUUAUACUAUCAGUACAACCACAAAGUGCUAGUCUCGGAAGAAGAACCUCAUUGCAUCCUAAGAGGGAAGUCUCUCUCCCAAUCGCAGAAUCUUUUAUCGGCCCCAUUUUGGUUAUACCUGCCACUCCCAACGGGGCAUGCGCCGAGCUGCCACAAAACAGACGCGAACCAUCUGGAGAGAGGGGAGGGGGGGGACAAAAAAAAGGUGAAGAAAAAAACAGACGAGAUCAACGUGUAA